CAAUCAUGGCACUUUCGACAUAACCCAUCCAUACUAUAUGCAACUAAAGGCCGUUCAUUUUUACAUUCCUCAAGGUUCCCAACGCUUGUUUGGAGGAUUAGAAGUAUGGCAAGGUUAUUAUCAGUCAGCUCGCCCCACCAAAGGUAGAAUGCAGAUUAAUAUCAACUUCAGCGCCACAGCAUUUUACGAAGGUGGUGAUUUAAUAGCGAUCGUUGUUAAAUUUCUUAACAAGAAAUCUCCAGAUGAUCUCCGCAGAGGACUCGACGAUAGAGAUCGAGUAAAACUUGGAAUGUUUUUAAGGAACCUAAAAGUUAGAGUCGUACAUUGUGGCGACGCCGUUGCUAUGCGUCGAUAUCGUAUCAGGGGUAUUACCCCAAGGCCUGCAAAUCAAGCGACAUUUACGAACAGCGAAAACGAGGUUGUGGACGUUGCAACCUACCUUCAUCAAACGUACAAUAGACCAUUAAGGUUUCCCGUAUCUUUCGUGUGUGGCACUUAUUUAGUAAUUGAUAACGAUGAUAUCAUUAGGAACAACCAUAUUUGCGAAGAUACAAACGGUCGACAUUAUCAAAUUCACAUGUAUACAACCGCAAACAAAAUUAUGCAGGGAUUCAACCAAAUGACUGAAGUUUCAGCCAGAGUACUUCCAGUGCCUACGGUUCAAUAUCACCCGUCUUAUCUACUAUCAAGAAUUCAGCCAAAAGAGGAUGCUUGGAAUCUUCGAGGCGUAAAAGUUGCAAUGGGAACAACCCUUGGCUCGGGUGUUUUGGUGUUUGCAUCAAACCACGUGAUAUCUGAAGAAAAAGUAAUGCAUUUUCUCAAGAAACUUAUAACGACAUGUCAAGAAACUGGCAUGAAUAUUCCGAAUCGUAAUCCGCCAAUAAAUUACGCUAAUCCACAAGGCGAUAUUGAAGGGUCACUCAAAACCGCCUGGUUUAACGCCAGAAACCGCGCUAAGGCGCAACCCAAAUUGAUAAUCUAUGAAUGUGAAACUGGCGGUAUGAAUUCAUUUUUAAAUGUUACUCAUCACGCGAUUGGUCGUACAUCGAUAACAUCACUCUGUGCCUCCAUGGAUGCUAAAGCUUCUCGAUAUGCAGCUACAAUACGACCGCAAAUGACAAGGGUUGGUGUGUCGGAAAGCCAAUUCAAACAAGUGUUGUGCGAUGAAAUGACGGCUAUCAAAACGGCAUGUCAAUCCAUGGCGGCUUGCUACUGUCCACCCAUAACAUUUGUCGUUGUACAAAGACGACAUCACGUGAGAUUUUUUCCAAUAGAAAAAAAGGAUUCUGAUCGUUCUUACCGGGUUACCACAAUCGAUGACAAUAUUACGCAUCCAUUCGAAUUUGAUUUCUAUUUGCAAAGUCAUCCUGGUUUGCAAGGAACCUCCAGACCAACCCAUUAUUAUGUUCUUUAUGAUGAAAAUCGUUUCACCAGUGAUUCUGCAUGUUUUCAUUUACGUGAUCAACAUUUUUUGGAUACAGAAUCAUCCGAGGAAGGUACCGGAAUCUCUCCUACAUAUGUGACUGUGCAUCCAGAUCUUGCAAAG